GGAUAACAUAAAAAUUUGUUUGAUUGAUAGUUCUAUGCCCAGUACCUGCACCAGUUGAAUUGACUUCUGUUCAUAAAGAGAGGCUGAAACUGUGAAUCAUUGUUUAGUUUUUUCUUGGUCAGCUAGCAGCAGAUGACAAACAAGCAGUUAAGGUUUCACCCGAGUAAUACCUUCUUGCUUUCACCCUGCAUAAAAUGGCAAGAGAUUUUCACACUUUCCAAACACUAUCAAGUAAUCAUCCGUUUUUCCCUUUCCAGCAUUUCUCUGAGCUCAGCAUCUUCCUACAUUUUAAAACAUGAACAGCAUAAGCGUAACCUUAGUGCUUCUUUGCGCUACCUUGCCUGUUGCUCUAUCUUUAAUAGAGGGUAAGCUUCCAAAAUCUCAGCUAACCUAAUUUGCCUGCUACACUGACGAUAAAACAAUGUGGUUAGUAGAAAUGAAUUUAUGAUUGUUGUUUGUUAGGCUUUCCUUCAUAGCUUUCGUUAUCAUGAAGCAUGUGUUUUCCUUCUAAUAAGUACUUCUGGAAAUUACAGGACUAGUAUACAAUGGAAACUUCGAGCAUGGUCCAAAAUCAUGGCAAUUGAGCGGAAGCCACAUUUUAGAUCCCCAUGCUCUACCAAACUGGGUAAUUUCAGGGUUCGUGGAGUACAUAAAGUCGGGGCAGAAACAAGGUGACAUGGUACUGCCAGUACCAAGAGGGAAUUCUGCCCUCAGGCUUGGAAACAACGCAUCAAUAAGGACAACAAUCCAAGUUACAAAAGGACUAUUUUAUUCGCUUACCUUUGGUGUUUCCAGGACUUGUGCACAAGAUGAGAAAUUGAACCUUUCUGUGAUACCAAAUUCAGAAGCAAAUGAUUCAGCAAUGCUGCCUAUGCAAACAAUGUAUAGUACCGAUGGAUGGGAUACAUUUUCAUGGGGAUUUUUGGCUGAGGCUAGUAAAGUUGAUAUAGUUUUUCAUCAUCCACAAACAGACAAGUACAAUCCUGGUUGCGGUCCGAUUAUUGACUUAGUAGCUCUUAAGGCUUUUCCUCCCCAUACAAGAAGACAAGGGAUAGUGAAGAAUGGAAACUUUGAAGAAGGUCCAUAUGUUAUCCCUAACACAACUUGGGGUGUCUUGAUACCUUCCAACAUCGAAGAUGAUCACUGCCCAUUAGUUGGAUGGGUAGUUGAAUCCCUUAAAGCAGUAAGAUACAUCGACUCUGACCACUUCGCCGUGCCAGAGGGCAAAAGAGCUGUAGAACUUGUUGCAGGAAGAGAAUCUGUGAUUGCACAAACUCUCAGAAGUAUCCCAAACACAGUCUACAACCUCGAAUUCUUUGUAGGCGACGCCAAGAAUUUGUGCGAAGGAUCAAUGCUGGUUGAAGUUUUCGCAGGCAACUCAACAUUUCGAGUUCCUUAUGAAUCUAAAGGCAAAGGAGGAUCAAAACUUGUCAGGUUACAAUUCAAAGCAGUGUCAUCUCGAUCAAAGAUUAGAUUCUUGAGCUCAUAUUAUCACAUGAAAAGUGAUUUUUCUGGCUCAUUGUGCGGUCCGGUGGUGGAUGGAGUAAGAAUACGUGUCGCACCACGUGCAUGAUCAGACUCUUCAAACCAUAGAAAACAAAAUUUACACGUUUAAUUUCUGCAUUUGAAGCCAAAAAACCAACCUUAUCAACAACCAACAUUACAGAUUCAGAUUUCUGUUCAUUGGCCAGAAGAAUAUUACAGAAUGGCCUCCGAUCCGAUUUGGAGUUUCUACUGCUGUUUGUUGUCCCUUAAAUGUAGACAUUAUGAAUGUGGCAAAGGAAGUAUAACACAAGUUUACUAUAUGGAGUAAAAUGUUCAUCAUGCUCC